CCGGACGCCGUGUUUGCGUUCCGUCCCGAUCGCCGGCAGAAACCAAGAGGCGGCGGUGGUGGAUUGAGAGGCCGGGCGGUCGCCGCGGCUCCGCCAGGCGGGAGGGGGCAUCGCACCGACGACAGCGGCAGAGAGGGAGGGAGAGAGAGAGAGAGAGAGAGAGGGGGACGCGGGGCGCAGGUUGCUCCUAUGGAUGCCGAGGUACAGAACACUGACUACUGAAGAUUGAGAACGCAACAAGAUGGAGGACUGUCUUCACACGUCUUCAGAAAACUUGUCCAAACUGGUUAGCUGGGCUCACAGUCAUGGAACAAUCUGCAGUCUCAUUCCAAACCUGAAGCACUUGUUGACUGAAGGGGCCCAUGGAAACCUUACUGCAAUGUGGGGCUGUGGGGCUGGUCAUGCAUAUCACUGGCCACUGGCUGUGACCUGCAGGACAGGCUCCCAGGACAGAGUGUGCUUUCAGGACAAUAGAAGCUUUAACUCGGAUAGCCCCAGCAUUAUUGCAAUGUCAUCGGAGGUUCAACAAAGCCCGUCAGAGAAAUACCUUAAUAGGUGCUCAAAAGGAAAGGUCGAGUGUCCCAGGAAUAGAGAUUCCUGUGACUUUUCAUAUAGUGAACAUUCGGAGGUUGAUGAAAAUGUGGAAGAGUAUGAUGAUGGUGAUUUAUUUCACAUGGCAUGCGAAUCUUCAGCAACCGAUGAAGACAGUGACUAUGAAUCUCGGCUACAAAAGAAUAUACUGAAGAGGCGUGAAGUAGGGUCUUCUCUUGCACUGGACACCCCAAAUCACCUUGUUCUUGAAAACAAUAAUGAAGUUAUUGUUAAAAAGAUUAAGCAAGAGGGUCCUGAAGACUAUUACAUUGUGACAAAUGCAGAAAUAACUCUAGACAAUGAGAGUUCACCUGUUACGGUGAGAUCCAAGCCAAAAUCUGGUCCUGCAUCCUUUUUGGGGCCGACCAAAUCUUCAGCCCUCCUUCCUGCUAGUCAUAUGCCUGAAAGGACUGACUCUAAAGCUAUUUCUAUUAUUCCAACAAACAUCACAAGGACAAUGGGUCCCAAGUCUGUAAAGAGUUGCGCAAGCUCACAUAAGAAGCUGAAUGACAGUCAAGGUACUGGGCAGCAGUUAGUUCUUCAAAUGCCAGUCAGCACUUCAGGAGGAAACCAGCAAAUCAAUAUCCCAUUGUCAGCUCUCCAGCUUCCCGGCCAAGAGGAGCACAAUGCUUCUGAAGACACAGGGAUACAGAUGGUAAAGACCGGAGCAUCCAGCGAAGUUUCGUUAUCUCCAUCCAUCAGUGCCGAACCUGAAGUCAGCUCCAGUCAGCAACAGUCAAGUUUGCUUCAGUCUCUGGCGAAAGAUGCCAGUGCACAAUCAUCAGCAGCAGCCCUUUCAGGAAAACUCAACAGGUUUCCACAAUUUGACGGUGAAUUGAAGGAGCUCUGUACAAGCGCUGUCAGUGCCAACACCACAAAGGCGACCCUGUAUUCACUGAAUGUAUGGCGGUACUGGUGUGUAACACGCGAGCUGAAGCAUUAUAUGGACAUUACCAAGAUUCCACCCGCGAAGCUCAACGAGCUGCUGGAGGACUUCUACGUAACCGUGAGAAAGACCGAUGGCUCCGAUUUUCUGGCCACCUCCCUUCACGCAAUCCGGCGGGGCCUGGAUCGUGUGCUGAAGAACGCCAAUGUGGGCUUCUCGGUAGGUGACGCCAUCUUCAAUUCCUCCACCCUGAAGCUGAGGGACAAACUGAGGAUGCUGAACAAGGCUGGCAUGUCCGGCUCACGAUCCAGAAACAUCAUCUACUUCACUGGUCAGGACGAGGAGGAGAUGUGGCAGGCGGGCUACCUGGGUGACACCAACCCAGUGGCUUUGCUCAGCGUGGUGGUGAAGUUCAACAGCCAGUACUUCAAUAUGAGAACCUUGCAGGAGCACGUAGACCUCAUGUAUGGGGAUAUCGAGCUGCUCAAGGACACAGAAAACAGGCCCUUCUUUGCACGGACUGACAUGGUCAAAAGAGAGAGCAAAGUCUGCAGCAACAAGCUCUGCUUUGGGCAGGUCUACCAUGAGCAUUCAGAAGGACUCAAGAGGUGUCCAUACUGCCUGCUGUAUAAAUACAUGUACACCCACCGGCCUCCUAGCCAGCGAGAUCCUAAAUCUCCCUUUUAUCUCGUAGCCAGAAAGGAUUUCUCCCAGCUGGACAGCGUCUGGUUUGAGGAGCAGCGAAUGGGCCUCCGCUCUCUCAGGGCAGUGGUCCCCAAACUUGCAAAGAAAGUACGGCUUGAGCAAAGCGAGAGCUUCACAUUUGUGUCCUUCACUCAGGCAUCUCUCCUCAAGCCAGGAAAAUUUCUUUCUACUGACAGCUGAGGAACGCCUGUGGCUUUGGACCAAAAGAGUUGUUAUAACCAUAGAUCUUCUAAAUACUGGGGAUGGAAAAUAACAAUCAGGCUAGCAGAUAGAAAAUGAAACACAAUGUGAAUUAAUUUGGAAGGGGCAAUAGUUAGUUAUUUAAUCAUCCAUAAUCCUUUUGUUGCAACAUUUUCAUUACAGGUUUGUUUUUCUAAACGACAAUUGUGACAUAACCUCUGUAAAAUAAAACUGAACUGCAAACUAUUACCGUGGGGAAUUUGGUGAGGAUUGGAAUUCCCUGGUAAGUAGUGGUGAGUAACGGAGUGUUAUUUUUAAAUCAAAUUAUUCUCUUUAUCUUAUUAGAACAAAAAUUACAAGCCAGCAACAGUUAACUGGGCCUGUGACGAGGUGCUAAUAAUGUUCACUGUAUGUAACCAGUGUGUUUCUGAAGAGAUCCCUUCAAGAUCACAGAGUUUAUUAGAGUUGGCAAACUUGAAUGAUGAAGUUACACAUUGUGAUUAAUAGAAAAGGUCAAAGGCUGAAUAUCCUGUGGUGAAUGACCCACCUACUGGCUCAUCAAGUCCUUUUCCACAAUGACUAGUCAGGAGUGUGAUGGACUACUCUGCUUAGUGGCAUUCCGGACAAAGUAGCCCAUUAUUAUUGUCACCCCAUCCACUGAAUUAAUACUCCCUUCAACACUGUUGCACUGUGAUUACAUGCGCAAAAUCUAUAAAAUUCAUCGCAGUUACUCAUUUCAGUUGCUCUCUAAGGAGCUCCCAAAGCUGCUGAAUCUACCAUGAAGGACAAAACAGCAGGGAGUAGGAACAACAACAUCUACAGGACUCCACACUAUCCUGACGGAGUAUAUCAUCAUUCCUUUGUUGUCACUGGGUCUAAAUCCUGAAACACCUCAGCCAGCAACACUGGCAGUGUCUUCACCUGAAAGACUGCAGCAGUUCAGCAGCUGGUAGGUGGAUUAGGACAAUAAAUACUGGCCUUGCCUGUGACACCUAUAUUACAGACAUGAAAAAAAACCCUACUUAUUCUCCUCUUGAAAGACUAAAACAGAGAUGAUAUUGAGUUUGCUGGAUUUAAGGGUGUAGUGUUGAAAGGAAAGAAGAUGCUUAUUUAAAGGGACUAGAGUAAAUUUAUGAAUAAUCCAAGUUAUUUACAGGGAACGAUCAAGAUAAAAUUGAUUAACCAAGAUUACCGACAUUAAAGGGAUCUAACUUUUCUUAUAUCAGUCUACUAUACAUAAAUAUUACAACUCCAGAGGAUACUAAACUAAAUUCUCAUGUAUGUGUAAUAAAAACAUCUACUUAUACAUGAUAAUAUCCAGCUCUAUGUCGUCACUACUCCAUGACCUCUCCACAGUCUCCGACAUGCUUCUUGCCUGACACUCAAUCACGGACAAACAGAAAUUUCUGCCAUAUUAUUAUUGGAAAGGCAACAACCAUUCUUUUUUUGUCUGCUUGACAUUUUGUUUCCAGACACUGACUCCAUCCCCUUUCUGACCAGUGUCUAAGACCGAACAAGGCCAAUCGCAACCCCAAUUUGAUCCCAAGCUGAGCUUUCAACCAUAAAGCCGCUCUGUAGCAAAACCUCCACCGUGUCAUGAUCACCUGGCCUCCCCUCCUUCUGCUACUGUUAGCUCUAAGUUGUUCUAAUGCUUCCUGGGUCUCAUGAACUUUAAUGCAUCUAAUCUCUCUGAAUUUGCAUCGAGUUCCUUUCAUCCAUUGCUCCUUUGUUUCCUCAUUUGCUUUGGCUCCAAUUCCAGUAAUUAUGUUUGACGGUGAAAUCCAUCCAUGACCUUCUCCUGCCCACCACCCACCAUAUAUCUCUGCAACAUUUUUCAUUCUUGCUGCACCAAGUUUUUGGUGCUCCUCUGAUUCUGGCUGGUUGCAUAGUUCCAAUUCUGAUGAAUCCACCCAUGCUGCCUUCAUUUGCUUGGCUUUGGACACCAGAAUUCCUCAAAUUAUAAGCCUCAAAGGCUUUUUGCUCUUUCAAAAUGCUUCAUAAACCCAUCUCAUUGGUCCAGUUCUAGGUCAACUGUCCUUCUGUAUCUUGUCGUGGAUUCAUGUCAAAUCUUAUUUGUUAAUGUUCAGUGAAGCACCUUGCGACAUGUUUAAGGGUAUUAUAAAAGCUCAAGCUAAUGUUUGAAUAAAUGGAUUUUAACCACA